AUGUCCGGAAUCAAGGGAAUCGGCGAGGCCAAGAAGUACGACGGCUCGAAGCUGCGCAUCGGCAUUGUUCACGCUAGAUGGAACACCCAGAUCAUUGAUGCUCUCCUCGAGGGCGCAAAGAAGAAGCUCGCCGAGGCAGGCGUUCCCGACAGCAACAUUGAGAUCCAGACCGUUCCCGGCAGCUACGAACUCCCCUACGCAGUGCAACAGAUGUACGCAUGCUCGCAAGCUCAAGCAUCAUCGGCCAACUCGACAUUGCUGAGCUCUGCGACCGAUCUGCUUUCAGCGUCCACAACCGACCUCUCGCUCAAGGACAAGGAGGGUAGCAGCAACUCAGCAGCGACCAAGCCCUUCGACGCCAUCAUCGCAAUUGGUGUCCUCAUCAAGGGCUCAACAAUGCACUUUGAGUAUAUUUCGGACGCUGUCAGCCACGCUCUCAUGAAGCUCCAACUGGACAUUGGCAUUCCUGUCGUCUUCGGUCUGCUCACUCUGCUGACCGAGGAGCAAGGACUUGAACGCGCUGGCCUCGUGUCGGGCUCAAAGUACCACAACCACGGCGAAGACUGGGGUGCAGCCGCUGUCGAGCUGGGAGUCAAGAGAAGAGGCUGGCAGGAAGAGAAGACCUUCAUUCAAUGA